AUGUUUAUUGCAUUUCAUUUCAGGGUCCCACCCAGUAAUGACAUGGAUACUAAAAAUGCAACAUCACUGACAAAGUUUGAUCUAGCAGGACUUACAGAUCAACAGGAGUGGCAAAUCCCUCUGUUUCUGGUGUUCUUGGGGAUAUACCUCAUCACCAUUGUGGGAAACCUUGGACUAAUUGUGCUCAUCUAUAAUGACCCUCACCUUCACAUCCCCAUGUAUUUAUUCCUUGGGAGUUUAGCCUUCAUGGAUGCUUGGCUAUCAUCCACAGUGACCCCCAAGAUCCUGGUCAACUUCUUUGCCACAAGUAAGAUGAUCUCUCUUUCUGAAUGCAUGAUACAAUUGUUUUCCUUUUCAUUCAAUGCAACCAUAGAAUGUUUUCUUUUGGCAGCAAUGGCAUAUGAUAGCUAUGUGGCCAUAUGCAAACCUUUACUUUAUCCAGUGAUUAUGACUAAUAGACUAUGCAUUAGGCUAUUAGUUUUGUCCUUUUUAGGUGGCCUUCUUCAUGCCUUAAUUUAUAUAGGUUUAUUAUUCAGAUUAACCUUUUGUAAUUACAACAUAAUAAAUCAAUUUUACUGUGACAUCAUGCCAUUGUUUAAGAUUUCCUGUACGGAACCUUUGAUUAAUGUUCUGAUGGUGUUUAUUUUUUCUGGGUCAAUACAGGUGUUUACCAUUCUAACUGUUCUUGUCUCUUAUACACUUGUUCUCUUUACAAUCUUAAAAAGGAAGUCUGUACAGGGCAUCAGGAAAGCCUUCUCCACCUGUGGAGCCCACCUCUUAUCUGUUUCUUUGUACUAUGGCCCUCUUCUCUUCAUGUAUGUGCGUCCUGGAUCUGCACAGGGAGAUGACCAAGAUAUGAUGGACUCUCUAUUUUACACUGUCAUCAUUCCUUUGUUAAAUCCAAUUAUCUACAGCCUGAGAAAUAAGAAAGUCAUAGAUUCACUGGCAAAAAUGUUAAAGAGAAAUGUUUAG